GUCUCCAGGUGCUGGAUGUCUGAGUCAGGUGUUGUCCUCCACUCAGCUGUUCUCAGCGUCUCUGACUCACCUCGACCUGUCUGCUAACCCCGGCAGCAUGGGCAACGAGGAGGCCACGUUUCUCUUCAAGUUCCUGUCCAGUACUAACUCUCUGUCUCAUCUGGACCUCAGUGAUACCAGCUGCCCUCUGGACACGUUAUUUGUUUCGCUGUCUGCUGGAUGCUGUUUCAAACUGAUGCACCUCAACCUGGCCAGGAAUCCUUUCAGCCACAGGAAGGUGCGGGAGGUGACCAGGAGCAUUGGGCAGUUCUUCAGUCAGAGCUGUGAGUUAAAAUAUGUCGGCCUGUCUGCAACCAAACUACCUCCACAAGCUCUCAGGUUAUUACUACAGGGUCUGGCCACCAACAUUCUUCUAUUAGGUUUAGGGUUGGACAUCAGCAGCUGUGAGCUUCGUUCAGCAGGUGCUCAAGUGAUACAGGAGCACAUCUCUGAAGUCACAGCUAUCACAAGUCUGGAUAUCUCUGACAAUGGUUUUGAGAGUGACAUGGUGACUCUGGUUCUGUCUGUGGGUCGAUGUCCCUCUCUCCGGCACCUCGCUCUGGGAAGAAACUUUGCCAUGAAGUCCAGACCUCUCACUGAUGUUCUUCAUCGUAUAGCUCAACUCAUUCAGGAUGAAGAGUGUCCCCUGCAGUCUCUCUCAGUGAGUGACUCUAAGCUGAAGGCAGGGAUGCACAUCCUGCUGAGCGCUCUGGGAGGGCACGCUGCUCUGACUGAGGUGGACAUCAGUGGAAACAACAUUGGAGACACUGGAGCCAAAAUGCUGGCCAAAGCCCUGUUGACAAACACCACACUCAGGACUCUAUCAUGGGACAGAAAUAAUGUUACUGCAAGAGGUUUCCAGGAUGUUGCUGAUGCCUUGGAGAGGAAUUUCACUCUGCAGCAGGUAUCUGGCCUGGUUGAUAUCACACAGAGUUACCGCGGCAACCCCGACAGAACAGAAGAGGCCCUGCACAAGAUUCAGAGGUGUUUAGACAGAAACAACCAGAGACAAUCUGACAGAGUGGAACUCCAGCAAGUGUUUAAAGCUCAGCAAUCUGAGAUGCAGGUCCAGGGUCUGUGUCUGCAGUUAGCGGACAGCCUUCAGCGUUUAAGCCCCUGCAACCCUCAGGAGGUCCAGGCUGAAGUCCUGACAGCACAGGAGGUUCUGCACAACGCCAGGGAGUCCUUCAAGCUGCUUCCCGCUCUAUAUGAGGAAGGCAGGAAGGCUGCCCCUGAUGGAGGACUGGUGAACUGCAUCCUCACUGACGCUGCUGCAACACUGGCUGAUGAGAUCAACAGAAGCAUACAGGGUCUGGCUGAAGGCCUGAUGAGGGGGGCGGAGGGGGCGUGUCCUUGGGUGGUGCAGCGCUCCAGUGUGUGCGAGGGUCUGUCAGAGUGUGUGUCCAAAAGAAGCAGACAGACACACACUUUCCUGAGAAGCACUCUGGUGGAGAACACAGGGCAGAUCAUCAGCAACAGACUGCGAGACCUCAGAGAGACGUUGAGUGUCUCUCUGGCUGAAAGCAUCAUGGAACAGGUGCAACAGGAUCUCAUCAUGGCACAGGACAGAGUGAAUUUCCUUUUAAAAGAAAAUUCGUGCACCUCUCUGAAACUGAACAUCCCAGAGCUUCGACUGAUUGACAGCGACUUCCCAACUGAUGAUUACAGUUCAGCGUGUUGGAGAGACAGUUUCCACUCCAAGAGCCUGAGGCCUGCCGCUUCCAUAAAGAGUCUCCUGGAUGCAGACUGGGAGCAGGAGAUCAGAGGAGGAGGUGCCAGAGAAGAAGGGGGAGGAGGAUUGUGCGGUCUCCCUCUGUUGUCGACAGCAACCCCCAUGUCAGUCAGGUCUCCAAGCCCCUCCCCGUCCCCGUCCCCCCCAGGAAUGAGGGGGAGGAGGUGGAGGGAGGGGGAGGCGGCAGCAGCGUUGGAUGCUGCAGCAGCGAGAGGAGCAUCGUUCAUUCCUCCUCCCAGCCCCCCCCUCCUGCGCUCCAUCUCCGCUGCAGAGGAGGAGGCUGCCGGCCGCGGAGGCUUACCCAGACGACAGGCUCCCUUCCCCGGCUGCAAGCCCAGCCCAGGCUCCCUGCUCAGCUCUGGACCCCCCGCUUCCCCAAUGGAGCCUCUACCCACCCAGGGACAGACUCUGAGGCACUACACAGCCUCCCGACCGCGGCCACGACGCACACACACACAGCCCCCGUCCUCCAGGCCUCAGCAAGACGAGAAGCUGCAUUUGCCUGCUGGCAUGCUAGUUUGA